UACAGCCGCCGCCGCCGAUUCGAAUCAUGGGAGACGAGAAACCCAAGGAGGGAGUGAAGACGGAGAAUGAUCACAUCGACCUGAAGGUGGCGGGCCAGGACGGCUCCGUGGUGCAGUUUAAAAUCAAGCGGCAUACUCCUCUGACCGAGCUGGUGAAGGCGAACUGCGACAGACAGGGGCUGCAAAUGCGUCAGAUAAGAUUUCGGUUCGACGGGCAGCCCAUCAAUGAAGCGGACACGCCAGCACAGUUGGAGAUGGAAGACGAGGACACCAUUGAUGCUUCCCAGCAGCAGCAGACAGGAGGCGGUCGCUCAGCAGACAGUGGCAGCACCUGGCCUCCCACCGAGUAA